CGCUCGCCCCGCUCUGCUGCGGCCACCAGCACAUCCCGGUGCAUCUUCGCUGGCUGAGCAGCCUUCCUCUGCGGCAGCCGCGCCUCGCCGAACGGCGUAGUGCUGCAGGCUCGCCCGAGAGGCCGCUCGCUGCCUUUGCCGCCGCCGCUGCGGGCCGCCCUGCGCGGACCGUGGGCUGCGCCGACGCCACCUCCGAUCCUGUACGGUUGUGGGCGCCUCGGCGCGCCCCGUGAUCCGCAAUCCUGCGGCGCGCGGCAUGGGAAAAUGCGGCCAUGGUGCGCCGAGACCGCUUGCGCAGGAUGAGGGAGUGGUGGGUCCAAGUGGGGCUACUGGCCGUGCCCUUGCUGGCUGCGUACCUGCAUAUCCCACCCCCGCAGCUCUCCCCUGCUCUGCACUCAUGGAAGACUUCUGGCAAGUUCUUCACCUACAAGGGACUGCGCAUCUUCUACCAAGACUCUGUUGGUGUGGUUGGAAGCCCUGAGAUAGUUGUGCUUCUACAUGGCUUUCCAACAUCCAGCUACGAUUGGUACAAGAUCUGGGAAGGACUGACCCUGAGGUUUCAUCGAGUGAUUGCCCUUGAUUUCUUAGGCUUUGGCUUCAGUGACAAACCGCGACCGCAUCAGUAUUCCAUAUUUGAGCAGGCCAGCAUCGUGGAGUCUCUUCUCCGGCACCUGGGGCUUCAGAACCGCAGAAUCAACCUGUUGUCUCAUGACUAUGGGGACAUUGUUGCCCAGGAGCUGUUGUACAGGUACAAGCAGAAUCGAUCUGGACGGCUUACCAUAAAGAGUCUCUGUCUGUCAAAUGGAGGUAUCUUUCCUGAAACCCACCGUCCUCUCCUUCUCCAAAAGCUCCUCAAAGAUGGAGGUGUGCUUUCACCCAUCCUCACAAGGCUUAUGAACUUCUUUGUGUUCUCUCGAGGUCUUACCCCAGUCUUCGGACCGUAUACCCGCCCCUCCGAGAGUGAACUGUGGGACAUGUGGGCUGGGAUCCGCAACAAUGACGGGAACUUGGUCAUUGACAGUCUUUUACAGUACAUCAAUCAAAGGAAGAAAUUCAGAAGGCGCUGGGUGGGAACACUUGCCUCUGUGAGCAUCCCCAUUCAUUUUAUCUAUGGGCCAUUGGAUCCUAUAAACCCCUACCCAGAGUUUCUGGAGCUGUACAGGAAAACGCUGCCGCGGUCCACAGUGUCGAUUCUGGAUGACCACAUUAGCCACUACCCACAGCUAGAGGAUCCCAUGGGCUUCUUGAAUGCAUAUAUGGGCUUCAUCAACUCCUUCUGAGCUGGAAAGAGUAGCUUCCCUGUAUUAAUUACCUCCCCUAUUCUCGUAUCUAUGUGUAUUCCACUUAGAAAUGCCCAAACGAGGUCCUGGCAACCAAGUACUACCCUUUCAUAAAAGUCCAUCUUAUUCACAUUGGUGAACAAACUAUAGAGAAUAGGCAGCAGAAACGCUAAGGAUGACAUGAUGAUCCAUCUCUCAUUCUCUAAGGGUGACAUGAUAAUCCUCCCCUCAUUUCUGUGACAUCUGACCAAGUGCACAGAUCUGUUACUGUUUUAUGUUAUUAGAACACCCUAAUGAAUAACACUUCUCAAUGAUGCAGAAAGACAGCAUUGGACAUUCUUAAACACUAAACAAAAACAAAACAAAACAAAGCAAACAAACCCACCCUCGAUUUUUUUGUGGACUUUGCUGAAAUAUUUAGAAAUGCUAACUUCUGGCCCAACACUAAUUGGAACCCUGUAGUAAAGAGUGAGGGAGUAAAGUGCUCAUCUUCCCUCCAAGCUCUGUACAGCACAGCUUAUGAGAAGGAAUAUCAUGUCACACCUUACAUUUAGUUUCAUCAGCAGCUUCUAAUUACAUUUUGUUGAAACAGACCAUUGGCUUAGGGGCUGGGGAUGUAGCUCAUGGUAGAGCACCUGCCUAUCAAACUAAUAAUGCCCUUGGGUUCAGUCUCCAGCACUGCUCCCCCCACCCACAAACUCAUCAAACCAAGGUAGCCAUCAUUGGCAUAAACGAUGCAGCAUUCUGAAUGAUGCAGCUUUUAAAACUGAUUUGCAUACUUGUGUAUGUAUUUUAUAAGGGUAUUAAAAUAGUUGGCCCUUACUUGCUAGAGUAGAGACCCUGGUCGCACAUAUAAUUUGUGAAUAAACAGAUUCAAAUUAUUUACAGAAUUCCCUAAAACCACACGGUAUUAACCAGUUGCAUCUGUGCCAGAGAUUUACUGUUCCUGGCCAGAGAGUCCAAGCUGAACAGUAGAUAAGAGCCUGCCUCCUCGCACCAGUGCUUAGGUACAUACAUGUUCCUCCAGAGCUGAAGUGGGGGGAGGGGCCACUGUAACAGCCAGACACCCUCUCAGGAUGUUAGCAUCCAUCCCACUGGUUGUUCGGAAAGGCUCUCUCAUGUAACUCAGCAACUCCUGUACUGAGAGACAGGCAGACGCUUAAGAACAAGUGCUUAGAUGCUUAAGAACAAUUGCUUAAGAACAAAUGUUGAAAGACCUAAGAGCAAAUGGUGCUGAAUACUUUUUAAGCCACAGUUUUAACUGUCUUAGUUAAAGCAGCAUUAUUGAUUAUUUUAAAUUCAUUUUUUUAAAAUUAGGAAUUUCAAGUAUAGCAACUUUGAAACUGGAA